GCACAAUCUUAUCUAACCUGGCACUGGAAGCAGCAACAGCAGCAACAGAUCGGUCGUCGCGGUGCCAACUGCGACUCGUUUUCAGUUUAGUUUCACUCGCCGUCGUCGGCAGUCCGCUGUUGAUAAUAAUAAACCAACAAAAACAAUAUUGCUAACUAAGUUACUACAAAAACAACCAAAGGCAGUUAUAAAAUUCAUAUGGAAAAACACAGCAACAACAAAUAGUAGGGCCAACAUUCUGGGCCAUAAUGUGAUCAACUUUUCAGUUACCCUGUGUACAUAAAUUGUGAUAAAAAAUUCUAUAAUAUAUAGUUCUAACGGAAUGUGAAGAGCCUCCACGCGAAAUAACAUGCCCACGGACAGCUCAUCCAGCGAUAUCUCCGGCGGAGGAGGUGGAGCCGGUGGAGGUGGUGCGAUACCAAUGCUGCGACCGUCCCGUAUGGAUCAAUUCAUGUCCUCGGUGGCCGCCGCCGCUGCAGUGGUGGGCGGAGCAGCAGCAGCUGCAGCGGCAGCGGAGAGGGGCGGCGGCAACUCGGACGGUGGCUCCCAGAAUGGUAGCGAUUCACGCAACUCAUCAGCCAGCCGGAUCUCGGCAUAUGAAACACAGCUGGCCUACCAACAGCACCUGGCCGGACUCCAUCCGCCGCCCCCGCCGCACCACCGCGAGAUCUCCGCCUUUGUUCCGGUCCUGCCCACCGGAAAGGGCAGGCCCGGCAGUAACUCCAACUACGAAAUCAUCGCCAUGAUGGCCGACAAACGGAAGGAGCUGGCUCUCCGGGAAGCAGCAGCCGCGGCCGCCAUGUUGGGUCGAGGCCCUGGGGGACCCGGGGCCCCACCACCACCAGGAGUGCUGUACGCCCCACCCGGAGUUCCACCGCCGCCAUAUCUCACCGGUCCCGGGCCCUCGCCCACGGGAGCGGGUAGCUUUCCCUUUCCGCCCGGCGCAGCCACAGCGGCGGCCCUCUUUCCUCCCGGUCUGGGACCGGGAAUGCACGCUGGACUGGAUCGGCGCCUGCUGAGGGCACCCGGACGGGCCUCCAGGCCCAAGAAACAGUUCAUCUGUAAGUUCUGCAACCGACAGUUCACCAAGUCGUACAAUCUGCUCAUCCACGAGAGGACCCACACGGACGAGAGGCCGUAUUCCUGUGAUAUUUGCGGCAAGGCGUUCCGGCGACAGGAUCACCUCAGGGAUCACAGAUAUAUCCACUCCAAGGAAAAGCCUUUCAAAUGCACGGAAUGUGGCAAGGGCUUCUGCCAGUCCAGGACUCUGGCCGUGCACAAGAUCCUGCACAUGGAGGAGUCGCCGCACAAGUGCCCCGUUUGCAGUCGUUCCUUCAAUCAAAGGUCCAACCUGAAAACCCAUCUCCUCACCCACACGGAUCACAAGCCCUACGAGUGUUCGUCCUGUGGCAAGGUAUUCCGCCGGAACUGCGAUCUCCGACGUCAUGCCCUGACCCAUGCCGUUGGGGAAGUUAAUUCCGGCGACUAUGUGGACGUGGGCGAAGAAGACGAAGCCCGCAACUUGAGUGGAGAUGAAGAGGAUUCGCUUCUGGAGGUGGACUCGCCGCGUCAGUCGCCUAUUCAUAAUAUGGGAGACUCGGGAUCCGGAGAAAAAUCGGAGUCGGAGAGGAUGCGACUUAAGCGUAAGGCGGCCAUUGAUCACGAAGAGAGUGAAGAGGAGUUUGAUGACUUUGACGAGGAGGAGGAGUUGCAGGAUCUGCCUAGCAGGGAUCGAGAUUUGGUUGGGGAAGACGAUGAGGACUUUGAUCCAGAGGAUGAGGAGCAGGCCGAGGCGGCUCUGGUGGCGCGUUUCCAGGCCGGCAAGGCGGCCGCUUCCACGGCUUCUGCGAUGUCUUCGGGUGGUGCAGGUGGCUCAGUUUCCAAAUCGGAGCGCCAGGGAGUUACCCACUGUCAUCACGAAGGCGGCGAGACCUACACCAUGCGCCCACAUGGCGAGAAACAUCAAGAGGAGCCCCCAAAUACAAAUAGCACCACGAUUUCAACUACUCCGACCUUUGUUCGCUAUCCGCCACCACCGAAUGGGGCUGCACCACCUCCUGGGGCAACAGGAGCUCCUAUAGCUGCCGCACCACCACCCCACCACCAUCCAGGACACUUGCUGCCACCCAAUGGCGAUCCCUAUCUACCCAUGCUGCACGUUCGUCGCGACUUGCACCACAAGAGCUUGAACCUAUCCAAGGGCGCUCCGCCGCUCCCACCGCACACGCCACCUACAAUCAUCACCCAGCCGGAGGCGAAUAAGCCACCCAAUCAGCCCCUCCAUUCGCCCCACGAGGCGAUGCCCAGCUUCCUAGGAUCCAUACCGAUGCGCAAGCGGAUACUGCCACCACCACCCACCAUGGACCUGAUGGACCCUACGCACCACCAUCCCACCCUGGGUCCCAGGUCCUUUGUGGACAACCCAAGCAUAUAUGCUUUGAACAUGUCCCGGCAUCCACCAAGGCAGCUGCUGGGGAAACCGCCUAGCACGGAGACCAGUGGAGGAGCCACCGAGAAAGGAUCAUCACCACUGGCGCCACCUGUGGCACCACCACCGCCUGUGGCAGCACCGCCUCCUCGAAGGACAGGCUUCAGCAUCGAAGACAUAAUGCGGCGUUGAGAAAAAUAAUACAUUUAUUAGUAAACUCUAAAGUAAAAACUUUACAUAAAAACUUAAUUGAAUUUUUUGAUUCGUUAAAGACAAGAAAUGAAACUGUUCCCGAUGGCGGCAAAAAAGGGCGAUCGCCUUUUAGCCACCUUUUAAAGCUAAUUUAGAGCUACGUUUUAGUACAUUUUAGUACAAUGUCUAGGCAAGGCAAUAAACUUAGGUUAAGUAAUAAAAAAAAAAGAAACAGUAACGCCCAUAAGCUGUAAUUUUAGGCGCAAAGAAACUCUGUUGUUGCAUUUUAUAGAGCUUUUAAAAAACUAUCAUCAAUGUAUUUAGGAAUAGGAACUUAGCGUAAAUCUAACUAUUAAAAAAAAAAAGAAAAUGUUUAAGCCUGUAGUACGAGAGUCUAUCGAUUAGUUUCUAUUUGUGUGUGGCCUCCCCGAACCCCCUCCCAACACUAAGUGUUGCCGUUUGUGUGAAUUGAAACUUUUAAUUUAUGUUUCUUUAUCCAAUAAGCUAAUCUUAAUGAGUAAACAAAAUCGUAAAUCGAUUUUGCUGUAGGGAAAAAAAUGGUUGAAAGUAAAAGUUAUUUUUGUGUAAAACAGAGCAUAGGCAUUCAUAAGCAAAAAUCAAACUAUAAGCAACAUUCCAGUUGAAUUUUAUAUACAUACAUCUUUAUGUUUGUAAUUAGGAUUAGUUUUUAAGAGUUUUGUAAUAGUUUUGGUAAGCAGCCCUAGAAUUCCAUGGUCUUCCUUGAAUUUUAAAUGAUUUUAUUCGAACCAUAGCAAGAUAGUUUAUUUCAAAUAAAGUUUGCAUUAAUAUUGAAAAA